AUGUUUGCCCUCAUUCUGUUCCUCGCGUUCCUUCUCCCUUUCAUCCACGCUACCGAGCCAAAGUCUAGGACCGUCAACCCAGACCUCAAUGCCCGCCUCAAGCUGGCCGCUACCAACUUCGACCGCCAAGCUCUGUUAACCAAGGACAGCGAUUGGUGGUACGACUUCGAUAAUCACCCAAACUACAACAGUGCCGUCGGCGCAGUCAUCACUGCGGAUGCCGCAUCAUUCCCAGCUCUCACCAACCUUGGUAUAAGUAUUGCACUGCUGAAGCUUGCACCCUGUGGCAUGCUACCACCGCACUUCCAUCCCCGAGCAACAAAUCUGGUCACCGCGAUCACAGGCAAUACAACAUCGUGGAUGAUUGGGGAGAAUGGAGUGAAGACUAUUAGGGUUAACCUGACACCUAUGCGCAUGACGAUCUUCCCUCAAGGCAGUCUACAUGUCAUGCAGAACAACGACUGUGAGCCUGCGCUUCUCCUCAGCGCACUCAACAGUGAUGACAGCGGCACAGACAACAUCAUGCCUAGCCUCUGGACCGUCCCGCAAGACAUCAUUCGAGCUGGUCUUGGCAAUCCUACCAUUAACACGGAAGACUUAGGCAAGGACAUUCCCAAGGUGGGAACCGGUGCGAUAAUGGGCAGUGCAGAGUGCCAACAAAGGUGUGGGAUCUUGCACGGGAAAGAGUAAGCUGUGGUGGGAUGGCGAAGGGGAUUGGAGGGG